AUUAAGUAUAUAUUUAAAAAAAAAACCAUCCUUUGAAAUUUCUACGAUUUUCUCCAACACAUUUGCCCUGAAAUGUUGAACAUUUUAGAAAAGCCACGACAAAAGAAGCCGAGACACUGGGAGAUUAUAUCAAUGGAACAUCACCAAGCCAACGGCCAAAAACGGAAUCAUAUUUAUGAUGCAUCCCUCCCCACAAUUUCAAAGGAAAACAAACAGAUUAAUAUCACUUUCUUAUAAUCAAAUUUGUACCUCCUCUCUCCUUCCCUAUGAGUAACUGUAUGUUCUCGGCGCCGGAGCUCGCCUCCACCGCAGACCAAUCAAUUCCGUACUGGAACAACAAGGCCGACAAUGCGUGGCAGCUCACGGCGGCUACCAUGGUCGGCCUCCAAACUGUUCCGGGCCUGGUCAUCCUCUACGGCAGCAUGGUGAAGAAGAAAUGGGCUGUAAACUCUGCCUUCAUGGCCCUCUAUGGCUUUGCAGCCGUGCUCGUCUGUUGGGUACUUUGGGCACAUCGUAUGGCAUUCGGCGACAGGCUGUUCUGGCUCGUUGGUAAGCCUGGUGCGGCGCUGUCUGAAAGGUACCUUCUUUCACAGUCUCCACAAGGGUGUUUUCCGAUGGCUGACUACGUGUUUUUCCAGUUUGCUUUCGCCGCCAUUACCGUGGUGUUGCUCGCCGGGUCUUUGCUGGGGAGGAUGAACUUUUAUGCAUGGAUGCUAUUUGUUCCAAUGUGGCUAACUCUUUGUUACACAGUUGGGGCCUUCUGUAUAUGGGGGAAUGGGUUUAUUCAGAAGUACCUCAUUGACUAUGCCGGCGGCUAUGUCAUUCAUCUUUCUUCUGGGGUGGCUGGUUUCACUGCUGCUUACUGGGUUGGGCCACGACACUCCCAGGACAGGCAGAACUUCCCACCAAACAACAUACUGCACAUGGUGGGCGGUGCGGGGUUUCUUUGGCUGGGUUGGACUGGAUUCAAUGGAGGAGCUCCGUUUGCAGCGAGUCGGAUAACAUCACUUGCCAUUUUAAACACACAUAUCUGCACCGCAACGAGUCUCUUGAUCUGGGUCUCGAUGGACAUCAUUGUAUACAAGAAAAGCUCUGUGAUCGGCGCAGUUCAAGGGAUCAUCACUGGCCUCGUGUGCAUCACUCCUGGUGCAGGGCUUGUUGAUCCCGUGGCGGCUGUGGUGAUGGGCGUAUUGGCUGGUUUGGUGCCAUGGUACACUAUGAUGGUGCUGCACAGGAGGCUGGCAUUCCUUCAGUGUGUUGAUGAUACCCUGGGCGUCUUCCACACGCACGCAGUGGCAGGUUGUAUGGGGGGUCUCCUUACAGGUCUCUUUGCCAAACCCAACCUCCUGAGAAUGAUGUAUACAGAUACCAUAUACGGUCCCGGCCUUCUGUACGCCAUCUCUGAUAGAAAUCUCAAAGAUGGUCUCAAACAAAUCGGCAUCCAGUUUGCUGGAGCAGUGUUUAUUACCCUUUGGAAUGCCGUCUUCACCAGCAUUAUCUGUUACCUGGUUAGCCUAAUUGUUAACUUAAGGAUGAAAGAAGAGGACCUGGAGAUUGGCGACGAUGCUGCUCAUGGAGAAGAACCCUACGCUUUGUGGGGCGAUGGAGAGAAGAUGCCAUCCUCAUUUCGUCUUCCACACACGCCCAGAUUACCUUCAUUUUGCAGGUGGGAUUAAGUUAAACUAAACCAGAUUUUUCAGUAAUUCUCGUUGCUGCUGCAGUCACCACAGCUUCAGGAGUUUUGAGGCAGCAUUUCUGUAAAUAUAGCUCAUCAACAAGAAAAGAAUAGCUGUAUUCAUUAUUUGUA